AUGAUUCGAGUCAGCGCCAGUAAAUGGAUGCUUCUCGCCCUCCUUUCCGUCAUGGUGACUACGAACUCAGCUGACACAGCUCUCGAAGCCGAACUUGGACAUCCGGAUGUGCAGAACGCUAUUGAAGGGGUCCGUUUUGCCCGAGCAUCGAACGCAAACACGACGAAUGGUACAACAGUUAACAACCCGUCAACGAAAACGAAAAGAGGCAAGGGACAUGCUGGAGGUGCCGGAGUUUCUAAACAACCUUCCAAACCGAGCACGACAGAGCCACCACCAGACACGAACAAUACUAUCACAGUGACAAAUGCAACACCAGCAAUCGUAGAGACUACUAAUGCUACCACGACAACACCCACAACACCCAAAACGACCGAAGCAACAACCCCGACGACUGAAGCUCCUCAAAAAGUGUCAAAGUUAGUCGUAACACCAGCUCCACCACCAACUACAACCUCGGUCCCAACAGUCACGACACUCCUUCCCAACAACAAUAACACAUCACCGACAACUAAUUCUACCCAAAUGGCACCCAACACAUCAGCCACCGAGUCAACAACAUCUUCUAUUGCUUCCCAGACUCCACCGCCAACGCCAGUUUUACCACCAGGAGGCUCUGCUCAAACAUCAACAUCUCCCUCUACAGACGAACAAGACCCAGGCACUGGAGAAUAUGAGCCACCUCACGAAGAUCUCCCAGAUGAUUUCUCGUGUCAAAAUCUGGGAGAGAAGUACAAGGCGUGCGAGUACCUCUGUCAGCAGCUUGCAGGAAUGAAACCAUAUAAAGCGGCUGGAAUGGACUGGCGUUUUUUGCCCGGAGUGUUUUUGAGUGUCGGCUCCUCAGUAGCAAUUAUAAUUCUCUUCGUUCUAACCAAAAAACUGAAUAAUGAACUGGCGGCUCUAAACGAACAAAAACCGACGGCUGCAGAUGAUCCGAACGCAAAGUUGAAGAUCGCUUAUGCUGCUGCUCUGGACGUCAAGGAUCCGAAGAAUCCGGAGAAGAAGGAAGAGAAAAUCCAGGAAGUUCCAUCUCCACCAUCUCUCAAGAACAAUCCGGCUGCUCAGAAGAUGAGGGCAAAGCUUCUCGAAACACAACAAAAUCUUCAAAAGCUCCGGACUCACGCGAAGAAAUGUGUAGAAGAACACAAAAAGGACGCUGCCAGCUCGAAGUUCCAGAAAAAAGGAGCUAUCUACAUUCCUAAUGAACCUGAGAUUCCGCCACCCGCUCCACUGCCGGACAACAUCAUUCUGGACAAUGUUGAAUGGUGCUCGGACUAUAACGAGAUGUAUGUUAUCGGAUCUGACGUUGAUGAUAUCGAGCUGGAUCAGGAUUAUGUGAUGAAUCCCGACUCGUUCACAACGGAUGAUGAUGAGGACAAGAGCAAGAAAAGCCAGAAGAGCAAGAACUCCAAAAAAAGUAAGAAGAGUGUGAAGAGUAAGAAGAGUAAGAAGGAUGUUCCAUCGACUUCUGGUGCUCCAUCAGCUGCUCCUCCACCUUCGACGACAUCUGCUCCUUCAACAUCCACUCCAUCUGUCGACGCCAAACGUGAAUCCAAUCAGAACAAGAGCAAGGAACAACAGUGA